GGCAGUAGCGCGCGAUCCGCCGCGGCCGACGCCGUACGACGACGCGCGCGCAACGAACGAACGACCCGCACUUCCGCGCACCGCGCAUCGACCGAACCGAAUUAACACUAACGACCCCGAGCCGCCCGAACCGCGUAACCCCGACGCACCCGAUCCCAGUGCUCGUACAUUCUCUCCUGCGAGGGCGGAUUAACGAAACCCACUAACUCGAAACGUACGAAGGUGUCGCAUCGCAAAAAGCGCAAUACAAUAGAGUAAGCGUCUAAAUAUAAACGUGGUUAAGCGAGAUGCAGAACAUCGAUCCCCUGGAGUUCGCCAACAUGAUCGCCACGGAGCUGUGGUGUCAGCAGUUGGCGAACCUCGAAGGCCUCCAGUCGGGGGUCCCCACCCGCACCACGGCGACCAUAACGCCCACGCAGCUGCGCAGCUUCGAGCAGACAUACAUCGAGCUGAGCAACUGCCGCGCCGACCAGGCCAGCCACGCCGGCUUCGUCCCACCCGCCGUCACGCAGGCCAACAGUUACGGCAUCCUGAACCAGGUGGGCUACUGUGAGUCCGGCCCGGCGACAUUGCACGUGUCGCCGGGCCCCCUCUCCGCCAGCGGCGAUAGCAGCAGCAGCCCCGGCCUGCCGGCCCCCAAACGCCGCAACAUGGGCGGCCGCCGGCCCACGAAGGCGCCGCUCGACAUCUCCCCCGAGGAGGAGGAGCGACGGAAGAUCCGGCGGGAGCGCAACAAGAUGGCCGCCGCGCGCUGCCGGAAGCGCCGCCUCGACCACACCAACGAGCUGCAGGAGGAGACCGACCGCCUGGAGGAGAAGAAGCAGGCGCUCCAGGACGAGAUCCGCAAGCUGAACGUGGACAAGGAGCAGCUGCAGGCGAUCCUGGCCGGCCACCUGCCCGUGUGCCGGCUGAAGCGCGCGCCCAGCCCGCCCGACGUCAAGCCCUUCCAGGAGGCCUUCCACGCCUACCCCGACCCCGCCGACGGCGUCAAGGUCAAGGUCGAGACCAUGGACCCCGACCCCGCCCUCGGCCUCGACAGCGAUAUCUACACCGCGCCGCAGCCGGACAAAAGAAUAAUGCUGUCGGCGGCGACCCUUCCCAGCGCAGAGACGAUAUCGUUGGACACUCCCCCCGUGCGGCCCAACAGACCGACGUUCCUGCAAGUGCCCCUAAACAUCACACCAGCACAGAUGCACAACAGCAAGGCGCUGGGCAACCGCAACAAGAUCGCGGGCGUGGAGAUCAGCACGCCGAGCAACGGCAUCCCGUUCAACUUCGACAGCCUCAUGGAGGGCGGCACCGGCCUCACGCCCGUGCACCCGCACCCGUGCGCGCAGCAGACCCGCGCCGCGCCCGACCUCGCUUCGCCCGACCACGGCUCGCUCGUCUCGCUCUGAGACCGCCCCGCGCGCGCCGCCCCGCGCCCCGCUCCCCGGGACCCGCUGCUGGCCGCCCCCGUCUUUCUCACUUAAUACUGUAACGAUGUCGACAAUAAACACUUUUGUCAUACUUUUUGUAAUUUUGUGACGAUUACGUCUCGGUUGUUGUGAAUUUUAUACGUCGCUCGACGUUUGUCGGGGCGCGGGGCUCGCGAGCGGCGCUCCGAGCGCGCCCCUAGUUCGUAACGAGUUUAAAGACUACGCGAUUAUUUAUUCGUCUUCUACUCUCGUCCUGUCUUUCGCUACCCUUCGGCCCCCCGCCCGUCGGCCUUUCUUCUAUUUAUUGCGGGGGGCCUCGUAACGUACUUGCUCACUGUGCGCUUUGUAUUUAUAUUAGUCUUUAAAUGUUUGGCUCCGGGCCGGAGUGAAAAAAGUCAAUUGAUGAGCUGUUUUAGUAUUCUAGAGGAGAAUAUUUUUAUAGAUUUAUAUUUCCAUGUGAUUAAAAUAAAACAGAGUUUUAUUUGAGGCAUUUCGGGAAGUGAUGUUUCGAGUUGUGCUUAUGUUCUAGCGUGGCUAGACUAGAGUCGUAGAGUGCUAACGUACAGUAGAUAUCGCCGGCACGACACCUUCGGUUUCUCGUCAUAAUAAACUUUGUGCCAUUUACUACGUCUACACUCAGGAAUACAAUAAUUAGUAUGAGUAUUUAGUUAACCAUAGACUAACAGCAAUAUUACUUAAU